UCAUGCGAUUAUUUUGAGCAUUUUCUAUGUAAUUGUUCUCAAUAUUGUUUAGCGAAUAUUUUGCUGCGAUUUUGCUACGAAUUUUAUGCGAUUUUGAUGCGAUUUUUUGCUGCAAUUUGAUGUGAUUUUGUUGCGUUUUUAUGCGAUUUUUUCUCAAAUAUUUCCCUGAUUUUUGCGAUUUGUAUGCUGCGAUUUUGAUGCGUUUAUUUCUCAAUUUUUGCUGCGAUUUAUGUUCGAUUUUUACUGAUUAAUUCAUGUUUUCGUCAAUAUUUUUGCGAUUUUUUGCGAAUUUUCUAUUCGAUUUUGUUUUUGGCGAUUUUCUAUUCGAUGUAUAUUUAUUUUGCUCGAUUAUUUAUCAAUUCGAUUGUUUGAUUGUUCGAAUUGUUUGUUCUUAUUUUGAUUUUUUUUGUUCGGUUUUCUUUUGCGAUUUCGAUGCUGUUUUAUUUGCUGCGAUUUUUUCUCAAAAUUUUCCAGCUUUUUGCGAUUUGUGUAUGCUGCGAUUUUGAUGCGUUAAUUUUUUCUCAAAAGGAAAAAGGAAAAAGGAAAAAGGGGGGUGGGGAGGCUGGGUGGGUCCCCGGCACAGGGGAUCUGUUCACCGGCGAGGUUAGGGUUGGCUGGGUAGAGAAAGGUUAGGUGGCGGCUAGGGUAGCGACGGCGGCGAAUUUGGUGGCUGGGAAGAGGAAAAGGGUGGUGGUGGUUUUUCCUUUUCCUUUUUUUUUUUUAAUUUUAUUAUUUCUAGAUUUUAUAUAGUUCACUAUGUUCUAAGCAAAAGCAAAUUUAGAACAUAGCUAUGUUCUAAACAAAUUUAGAACAUAAAGUAAUUUACUACGUUCUAAGCAAAUCAAAUUUAGAACAUAAUUCACUAUGUUAUAAGGAAAUUUAGAACAUAAAGUAAUUCAUUAUGUUCUAAAAUAAUUCAAGAUGUUCUAAAGUUUUCCUUCUAUGUUCUAAAAUUUUCCAUCUAUGUUAUAAAGUUUACUCUUUGUGUUCUAAAGUAAUUCACUGUGUUCUAAAGUAAUUCAUUAUAUUCUAAACUAUUAUUUAACUAUCUUAGCAUGUUCUAAACUUUUAUUUAGCAUAUAUUAAGUUUACUCUUUAUGUUCUAAAGUAAUUCAUUGUGUUCUAAAGUAGACAAUCUUAGCAUGUUUGUCAAAGCUUGUUUAAUUAGCACUAGUCUUAACUUGGGAUAACUUUUGCUUUAAAGGACUACUAAUGAUAGAUUGAUUAUAUAGCCAAUAUAAUGAACCCACCUUAAUGCAAGUAAUCGAUCAUCAAAUUACAAUAAACGAUGCUAAAGAUAGUGUUUAGAAGUGCAAAAGGAUAUGAUUAAACAAAAAAAAAUUACUUUUGUGAUUAUCUAUAUAGUUGUUAGUAGUUUUUCCUCUAGUUCAAGUGUUUUAUAUACAUUAGCCUACUAGCUCAACGGGUAGAGCAUUGUUUGAGUUUUUUCAUUAAUUUCAUCAAUUUCGUUUUCUAGUUUUCUUUUUCUUCUUCAAUUUCCAGAUUUUUCCAAAUUUUAUUUCUAGAUUUUAUUUCCUUUGCUUAUUUCCAGAUUUUUUAUUUCCAGAUUUUUCUGUUUUUUUCCUUUGCUUGAGUUUUUCAACAUCGUUUUCGAUUUUAUCCUAUUUUGUUUUCCAGAUUUUUGAUUUUUAAUGGAUUUUAAUUUCUGGUUGCUUUUUUGCUACAAUUUGUGUUUUUCAAAAUAGGUUUAUGCAUAUUGAUGGAUUUAGAUGGUGUGCAACCUAAUUAUCCUUCUUCCUGUGUUACUCAUUCAGUUGGUGAUAUUUAUCGUACUCUAGAGGUUGUUGGAUCAUUUAGCCCUGGUGGUACCACUAAGGAAUGGAUUCCAAGUGUUCCCGAGGAGUUAAAACCCAGUUUGGGGAUGAUAUUUAAAGAUCCUGAAGUGGGUCUUAGUUUUUAUAAAGCAUAUGCAAAUGCCGCUGGGUUUACUUCUAGGAAAUCUACUACUAAAAGGAAGAAGAAUAACAAAGAUAUAAUUGCUUUUCAAUAUGGAGUUUGCAAUAAGGAAGGUUUUAGGGCAAUAAGAAAACCUAUUGCUCAACAAACAGUUUAUGAAGAAGGAAAAGUUCGUAUUACUAGGAAACGUUUAGUCACUCGUGUAGGAUGCAAUGCUCACAUAUGUAUGAGAUAUGAUGCUGGAAAGUAUGUUGUAACUCAUUUCAAAGAAGAACAUAAUCAUCCUUUAUAUACUCCAAGUUGUGCAAAAUUUCAGAAGGAUAAUAGAAAAAUGCAUAUUAUGCAUAAAAAGUUGAUUGUUGAUAAUUCAAAGGUAAAUGUUGGUCCUGUGAGGUCUUAUACUAUGAUGAAAGAAUUAGCUGGAUCACAUGAUAAUGUUGGUGCAUCUAAACAAGAUUUCAAAAAAUUUUAUAGAGAUUUGAAGGCUUUUAUUGAUGGAUCAGAUGCCCAAAUGUUUGUGGAUAAUUUUCAAAAUAAGAAAUUGCUCUGGAGUGCAUUUUUUUUUUCCUAUGAUGUUGAUGAAGAAGAUAGACUUUGUAGAGCUUUAUGGGCUGAUCCAAUCUGUCGAAAAAAUUAUGCACUUUUUGGUGAUAUGGUUUCUUUUGAUACCACAUUCAAAACAAACAGAUAUAAUAUGAUCUUUGGUCCAUUUACUGGAGUUGAUCAUCAUAAAAAAUGUGUUACUUUUGCGGCUUCUUUUGUAGCUCAUGAGGAUAUAUCAUCUUUUGAAUGGGUUUUCAAAACUUUUCUUAAAGCAAUGGGAAAUAACGAGCCUGUGUGUUUGAUUACCGAUCAAGACCCUGCAAUGAAAGUUGUUGUUCGUAAUGUUUUUCAAACUACAGAACAUAGGUUUUGUAUGUGGCAUAUUAUGAAAAAGGUGCCUGAAAAAGUAGGUCGGGCGAUUGCCCAAGACACUGAUUUCUUGAAAAAACUGUGUUCAUGUGUUUGGCAUUUAGAGAUUGAGCCGGCAGAAUUUGAAGAAAAGUGGAACAAAGUUAUUUCAGAAUUCCAUUUGAACGAUCAUGAAUGGUUGGCAUACAUGUACAACAUACGUGAUAUGUGGAUUCCAGCGUAUUUCAGAGAUUUAUUUUUGGGUGGCAUUAUGAGAACCACAUCUAGAUCAGAAAGUGAAAAUAAUUUUUUCACUAUGUUCACAAAUCCCCAUCUCACUUUGAUUGAGUUCUACAUGAGGUUUGAAUGUGCAUUGGAUGCUCAAAGGCACACUCAAAAUAAAAUGGAUAAUGAUUCGAAGAAUAAGCGUCCGGAGUGUAAGACUCCAAUUCCUUUAGAGAAAGAUGCUUCUGAAUUGUUUACAACAACAAUUUUCUAUGAAUUUCAAUAUGAGCUUGAAAUUGGAUGUUUUAAUUGUGGUGUUGAGGAGAUGAAGAAGGACAAUGAGCUUUACAUUUUCAAUUUGAGGGAAGGAACUAGAAGGAGGACUUUUGAUGUUGUUUUUUAUCCAACUACCUUUGAUACCAAGUGUUUUUGUAAAAAAUUUGAACGUGAUGGUGUGCCUUGUAGGCAUAUGAUUUGGGUGUGGAAGGCAAGGAUGUUAGAAAAAAUUCCCAAGGCCUACAUUCUAAAUAGAUGGUGUACAAUGGCUUAUAAGAAGCCCAUUUUUGAUUUAGAGGGUAAUGUGUUGGAGGAAUGUAUUAAUGCAGUAGAUAAGAAAAUGUUAUUAAAUGAUUUGUGGUCUGAAAUUCAUGCUUGUGUGAGUUUAGUGCAAAACAAUGAAGAUGAUCUUAGUGAUCUUGUCAAAAAACUUCGAGCCAUGAGGGCAGAUUUGGAACAGAAGAAAACAAAUGGAAGCAACAAUCUUUCGAGCAAAGUUAAAGACAUUGAAAUGCUUAUUGGAGCUAGUCUACCUUCUAAUGUUUUAAUCAAACCUCCUAAAAUUUCGAAGAACAAAGGCACGGGGGUUCAUGUUCCAAAUCAGGUCAAUGUUCCAAAUGAUGUCCAUGUUCCAAAUCAGGUUCAUGUUCCAAAUCAGGUAAAUGUUCCAAAUGAUGUCCAUGUUCCAAAUGAUGUCCAUGUUCCAAAUGAGGUUCAUGUUCCAAAUAGUGACAAAAGAAUGAAGAGUGACAGAGAAAAGUCUAUUGAACAAAGUCAAAAGAAGAAGAGAUUAUGUAGAGCAUGUGGGGAGCUUGGUUAUCAUGAUAGUCGUAAUUGCCCUGGAAAAGUCAAGUGAUAUUGUUGGUGAAUAUACUAUUAAUCCAGUUGCAUGAGAUGUUAUAUAUUUAGAAACAAUAUCUCAUUUACUAGCACGUAAAAUAUU